CCGUCCAGGGGUGCGCUGCUGAGGCUCUUGGGUCUUUGUCAACACGCCUUUGUCAGCUGGCUUUGUGAGAGACGAUGCCUCGCCAAGCCGGCAGGCUGACACAGAGGAUGAGUGUGCCAGCCCCGCGUGGGGAUGGGAAGCACAGAGCGGAGUGUGUGUGUGUGUGCGCGCGCGCGCGCCUGUGUGCCUGAGACAGCUGGGGGCCCGGGGGGGAGGAGCGGCGCCCCAGAACCAACCCGCACCUUCCCUUGGGGGGGGGCUGGCAAAGUCGGCUGCCGUCUAGGACUCCCCCUUGGAGGCUUCGCUGGCUUCGGUGCCACGCACACCGCCGGCGCACUGGACGGUUCUUCUCCUGCUGGGAUGUUGCCCGGAACGAGCAUCACAAUCCCGACCUUUUCUUUCCCCUUUUUGGUCUCCCUUUUAUCAUGCACAAUGGCAUUUCCAGCCACGGAGCGGUCAUAAAGGAAGCCGGAGGCAGCCAGGCGAAGGGUUCUGAUUGGCACCAGGCGUGACACUUCCAGCAAGCUGCCUCUCCACCAUGGCGUUGCCCUCGGCACUGAUGGGGGCCGGACCACGGCGUGGCAGUAUGCCUUUGCCCAUUAAACACCAGCUAGUGAGAGCCUCGGCCGUGGAUGAACUGGAUUCUCCCCCCAGCUCCCCAGAGGUGGGCGGCAAUGGGGGGGCCAGCCCCGCAGGGGGACGAGGCCCUUACAAAGUCAUGCUCCUUGGCGAGAGCGGUGUGGGGAAGACGACGCUGGCGGCCAUCUUUGGAGGCCUGAAAGGGGGUGCCCAUCACGACGAAGAGCACGCAGAGGAUUCCUACGAAAGAAGAUUCUGUGUGGAUGAUGAAGAGGUCACCCUGAUACUGUACGACAUCUGGGAUCAGGGAGAUCCUGGAGGAUGGAUGCAGGAAUCCUGCUUGCAGACCGGCGAUGCCUUCCUGGUGGUUUUCUCUGUGACCGAUCGCCGCAGUUUCACACGGGUGCCCCCCACUCUCCUGCGCCUGCGGGCGGGGAGCCCCCGAACUGACCCCCCUAUUAUCCUGGUGGGGAACAAGAGUGACUUGGCGCGAUCCCGGGAAGUCUCACGGGAGGAGGGCCGCAGCCUGGCGGUGAUGCUGAACUGCAAACACAUCGAGACGUCUGCGGCAUUGCACCACAACACCCAAGAGCUCUUUGAAGGUGCCGUGCGCCAGAUCCGGCUGCGCCGCCACCGGCGCGAGGGGGACCACUUCAGUGGAGAGGGGGCCGGGGGCCGGCGUGAGAGCCUCACCAAGAAAGCCAAGCGCUUCCUCUCCAGCCUCGUGCCCCGUAACGGACGCUUCUUCAAGCAGAGGUCGAAAUCCUGCAACGACCUUUCUGUGCUCUGAGCCAUGGAUUGUCCUCCAGAAGCCACCAAGGAGACUCUGCAAAGAAAGACAAGGCAUCCUAUCACGUCGUCCCCUCCACCCCUCCUGCCCUGAGCUCAGUAGGUGGCCAUGUUGACCCAGAGCACUGGCUGUUCUUGCGCCCAGAGCAAGACUCCCAGAAUACUCCCAGCCUCGGCUCUCCAAUCAGCUGCAAUCCAUCACCAGACAAGCAUUGUGUGUUUUAGUCCUCUCUGUGCCGUUGGAUCUGGAAGAGCGCCUUUGAGAAUUCCAGGCUUCUGGAAAUCUUCAUGAUGUUCGUGCAAGGCGUAUAUACAAGCAACUCUUGCUCUCGAAACUCACGUGCCUCUCUCACCUUUUGAAAGAAUUUUCCUGGUACUGCCGUGAGUUUUAUUUUCUGUCCUCCGUAAUUUUGAAUUUCACCUUUAAGAAUGUCUUAAAGGUGCCGGACAGGCCUACUGCAGUGCUUCUGUCCAGGGACUCAGGAUUUCUUUGUUCUGGAUUUGUAGCUUUCCCCCCUCUUGUCACACUCAGGUGCCUGCCCACACACCCUUAGAGGAGAUUUUUGUAAGGGCACUACAUCUAGAGUGAAGCGUGUGUUUGUCUACUGUAUCUGUGAACUUAGUUGACAGACAGUUGUUCUUGACUUGUGCACAAAGCCUUACCUGUUGAGCUUAUUUGCUACAUCUUUAGAGGUACCAGUUUGCCCUCUACAUACAACACCUUAAAGAAGAUCUAACAUUCAUGGGCUUGUGCUAGAAGGUAUUAUUUCUUCCACAUUUGUGCACCUCACCUUUAAGAAACCCUGCUUAAAGGCACCGACCUUGGAAUGUUUCUUGACAGGGACCAGUGGACAGAAAUGCUGUGUGUGUGUGUGUUUAAAUAUUUGCCCUUACCUUUAAGAGGCUCUUAAAGGCACCAUCUGGGGGAACAGUUUAAUUUCAUACUUUGGCAUAAUGGAUGAGUUCAGGAUUUGUGCUCCUCUCCUUUAAAGAGCAUUUAAAGGCACCCCUCUGUGUGAUAUUCAGUUCAACCAGCUAACUUCAGCCUUGGGAAACUUACUCUAUUUGCUUAUUGAUGCUUUACACCAAUGUUAGUCUUUUCAACUGAUUCAAAAACAGCAGACUUCUGCAAAAGAAUGGCCGUUUUAUACUCUGCUCCUUUAAAAUGACUACUUUAACGUCACAAGCCAGGGGACAAGUCUGGUGUUUUAGGUUGUCCUGAAGAUUGAUUAUUAUUUAACCUCUGUACAAUUUUUAAUAAUCUUCAAAAGCCAUGCAACAGCAGUCUUAAUUUUCUUAACAAUCAGACUGGGGAGGUUCUACCCAUCAGCUGUGUGCAACCUCCCCUUUAAGAGGUCUGUUAAAAGCGUGAGUCUCAACAGCUUUGCCCCGUCUCUUAAAGGGACAGAAAUGGUAUUAGUUUUGAGGGUGUCACCUUCUGCACCCCCAGAAAGAUGAGGCCAAGUGCCUGACCGUUCUGUAUACUUUUCAAUUAAAGCCAUUUUCUACACCACCA